CCACAGCACUUGUUUUUAGCCAUGCUCGGGGAUCAACCUUUCUUUUUGGGGGGUAUGCCAACGUUGUGGAGGGUCCUACUGUGGGUUUGCGUCUGCAUUGUGCUUCCAGGAGAGGGGCAAGGAGCUCUGGUUGUUUCUCCCAGAGAUGCUCUUAUUGAGGACGCAAAUAAAGAUGUGAGCACCAAGUCCAUAAAGAUGGUGGAGGUGCAGAGUUUUGGAGUUGCCUGUGCGGUGACGUCGCGUUUCGCUCACACCGUCAUGACCUCCGAGGCUCUGAACAAAGCCGACGUCUCGCAGGAGAUCUUCUUUGAAGUGGAGCUCCCAAAGACGGCCUUCAUCACCAACUUCACCAUAGAAACUGACGGUCACGUGUAUGUUGGCGAGGUGAAGGAGAAAGCCAAAGCCAAGAAAGAGUAUGAGAAGGCGGUUUCUUCAGGAAAGACCGCUGGACUGGUCAAGGCAUCUGGAAGACAGAUGGAGAAGUUUUCCGUGUCAGUCAACGUUGCAGCACGAAGCAAUGUCACGUUUGUGUUGACCUACGAAGAACUCCUGCAGAGGAAACUGGGCCAGUAUGAGAUCCUGACCCGGGUGAAACCCAAACAGGUGGUCCAGGAGUUUCAGAUCACUGUAAGCAUCUUUGAGCCUCAGGGUAUUGCCUCGGUGGAGACCACAGGAACAUUCCUCACCAACCAGCUGCUCCCCCUGGUGGAGAGAACCGUCACAGACACCAAGGCUCACAUUACUUUCUCACCAACACUGGAACAACAGAGGAAAUGUCCAGGAUGUCAGGGCACCAGAAUUGAGGGAGACUUUGUCGUCAAGUACGACAUUAAACGAGAAGAAACCCUUGGAGAAAUUCAGAUGGUAAACGGCUACUUUGUGCACUUCUUUGCUCCACCUGACUUACCCCGAGUGCCAAAGAAUGUGAUAUUCGUGGUUGACAGGAGCGGCUCCAUGAGCGGGAAAAAGAUAAAACAAACCCGGGAAGCCUUGGCAGCCAUUCUAAAGGACCUCGACGAGGACGACCACUUUGCUGUCAUCCAGUUCGAUAGUGCCAUUAUCACCUGGAAGGAGUCUGUCGUGAAAGCAACAAAAGAAAACGUGACAGAGGCCAUUGCCUACGUGGAGAAACUGAAGGACAGGGGAGCGACUAAUAUCAAUGACGCUCUAUUGAAAGCAGUGGCAAUGCUGAGGAAGGAAAGACAAUAUGAGAGGCUUCCUGAGAGGAGUGUGGACAUGAUUAUCCUCUUGACUGAUGGGAUGCCAAACCACGGCGUGUCCAACCUGCAAACCAUCCAGGAGAACGUGCGCUCGGCUAUUGAGGGAAAAAUGUCUCUGUUCUGUCUGGGAUUUGGAAAUGAUGUGGACUACUCCUUUCUGGAUGUGAUGAGCAAAGAAAACAAAGGGUUGGCCCGCAGAAUCUUUGAGGCCUCGGAUGCAGCUCUUCAACUCCAAGGUUUCUACGAGGAAGUGUCCAACCCACUGCUUUUAGAGGUGAACCUGCGCUAUCCUGACAACACGGUAGAGUUCUUGACCAAAAGCCACCACAGCCAUUUGUUCAACGGCUCCGAGAUCGUGGUGGCCGGUCGGUUAAACGACAGCCGCCGUCUUGAUAACUUCCUUGUGGAGGUGUUUGCUCAGGGGCCCGAGGCAGAUUUCCAGGUGCAUGGAAAGGCCAAAGUGGCAGACUGGAACACGACCUACCCAGAAGACAAGUACAUCUUUGGGGACUUCACAGAGCGUCUGUGGGCUUACCUCACCAUCCAGCAGCUACUGGAGAAGAGUCACAUUGGUAGUCAAGAGGAGAAGGACAGAACCACAGCUGAGGCCCUGAACAUGUCGCUGCGCUACAACUUUGUUACCCCUCUCACCUCCUUGGUGGUCAUCAAGCCUGAAACUGAGGACGGACAAGACAGCCCGCUCAUCGCUGAUAAACUGACUGAAGAUCAGCGACAAAGAGCAGAGAGACAUCGUGGUUCCUUGGCCCGUGCGGCACCUCCCCGCCGUCAAUCAGAUGGUUCCUCGGCCAAAGCGGCAUCUCCACGCCGUCAAUUAGAUGUCGACGGAGAUCCACAUUUCAUGAUAGAGCUCCCGGACAGAGAUGACGCCCUGUGCUUUAACAUCAAUGACAAACCAGGGACUAUUUUCAACCUUGUCAGAGACCCCAAAUCAGGCUUUGUGGUGAAUGGUGAAAUUAUUGAGAAGAAGAAAUUUGUCAAGGAUCAAAAGAUGAGCACUUAUUUUGGUCGUCUCGGUAUCAGCCACAAGACUCUGGGGCUGAAGCUGGAGGUGAACACACAGGACAUCUCCUUGUUCUACGGGGGCAAACAGGUCCAGCUCCUGUGGUCGGAUUUGACCUCUCUCAAAGACACAAGUAUGAACCUCCAGUUGACAAAGAACUGCAGCCUGACAGUCACACUGAGACAUUCCGUUAAGUUCAUGGUCAUCCGACACACAAAGGUGUGGAAGAGACGUCAUGAUCAACAGCACUAUUUGGGUUUUUACACCCUGGAGAACCGCCAUUUGUCCGACUCAGUCCAUGGACUGCUAGGUCAGUUCUACCACGGUGUUGAGUUUGAAGUGACAGACCCGCAACUGAAAAGAGAUGCCACCAUGUAUGUGAAGGGACAGACGCUUAAUGUGACCAGACACCAGCAGAAGGACUUCAGCAGGGAUGUGAUAAACGGGGAAAGUAUUCCUUGCUGGUUUGUAGACAAUGAUGGAGCUGGCCUCAUAGAUGGGAAAGCCUCUGAUUACAUUAUGCCGGACCUUUUUUAAAAUCAUACGCGUCUUUUUUCAGGUAAUAAAUGUGUGUAAUUUUGCCGGAGCCUUUUUUUGCACUGGGUGUUGCAGUGAGCAGAGAAUUAUGACAGCAUGUUGUGCUUUUUGCAGGUACAGUCAGUGUAUUUACAGUUUUUUUUUUACAUAUAUAUUAUAUUUUUGUAUCUAUAUUUUGAUUUCAUAACUUCACAAAUUACAUGAUUUAUAAAAAAG